CCACCGGGUUGGCUUGAGUCAACGGGGAACAUUGCUCAACCCGGUCUCAGCCUGGCACCGGGGCCCGGCCCCCCACAAUAAAGCCAUGCUUUAUUAGCAAGUUCAUAAACCUCUAUCUUUCAAUGGAUUUUGUUCUAUUUAUAAUUCAUAUCCCUACUGGGGGUGAUAGGGAAGAGUGAAUAUGGGGAGAGUACAUAUUGUUAUAAGUUUUCCACAUCACCUAGACUUCCAAAUCAAUUGCCAUUGGGCUGUGGGUUUCUCGUCCAGAGAUUUCCAGGGAAAAUUGUCAUCUGUGCUUCCUUGACAUCUAUCAGUUUCAAAAUCCUUCUCAGGUAUGUCAUCUGUUUCCACUACUCUCCCGUUAAUUAAAUGAUGGUGUGGCUUAGCGGUUUGAAGAUUAAGACAGAACUCACUUUGGGCGGUAAGGGGUCGGGGGGGAGACUUUUCUGGAGAGCAGAGAAUCCAGUGAGACACAUGAGCUUCCCCUGCCAGCUUCUCACAUGUCAGACCUCAGAAUUUCUUGCUCCUUCCAUCCGAUACCCUGUCUGUCUCCAGGGAUAAAAGGAAGAGCUUCUUCCAAACUCCGUAAUGAUCUCUUUGGAGAUAAUACCUACAAACUUGUAAUUGCCUUUUUGGUAAUUGGCAACUGAUGAAAGAAAAGUUUGUCACAAAUAUUCUCAGUUCGCCAAGGCUGUUUUCUCACUGCAGCUACAGGUGAAGAGACAAUGCAGUUCCACAGGGAGGCGAUGUCACAGAACCACAAACACGUAUCUCGUGGUCUGGCUGCCUCCCUAUUCCAUAUGCUGGCUGUUGCAACUGUCACUCUGACCUCCAUGUUGACAGCCAGAGGAAGUCAGGAACCUGGCUCAGAAGAAGAAUUUCACUCCUUGGGAUUUUGAAGAAUGACCGCCAUUGAUUUGGUAAUGAGUGUGCAGGAAUGUGUCCAUUGGCACUGUCUGCCUCUUGAGCCUCUUCCAGAUGAUCAUCAUCAGUCCCAGGGAUUCCAGGUUGUUCAGAGAUGGAAAGAGUAAAACACGGCCUCCCUUCCUGUACCUCCAGAAGGACCCUGAUCUUGGUGUUUGUUGCACCGGUGGCAACAAGUGGCGCCCGAACAGGGACCUGAGACAACAAGGAGGAAAGCGAAAGCGGACCGCGCCGGCGUCUAAUUCAGGAUGAGGAAGCGCCGCGCUGGGUCCCACUUCGGCUCCUCAGAGAUAUUACAGUUGCGCCGAAAAAUGGCCAAAUUGACAGUGACGGAACCCCCCCAAAAGCGACGACGGCGGAGUCAUAAGGCGGGUACACCCACCUGGAGACAGAUAAAGAACCUGGUGACCCAGGCCACUGAUGUAGUGAUGGCCUCAGGUAGAGAGGUAACAGCCACACAUGUCUUCUUGGCAUGCCUGUGCAUCCUCACUACAGCCGGGGAGUCUGCCCUCUAUUGGGCAUACAUGGUAGGUCCUCCUACAGUACAACCUGUAACAUGGAGAGACCCCACACCCAAAGUAUACACCAAUCUCACCUUUAUGGGAGGGGAAGAUGCAGGGUUUUUGCCCACUGUGUCGGCCUCUAUAAAUUGGACGGCACUCUCUGCAGGAGUACCCAUCUGCCUGCAAAGGGAGUCUACGCCGUACAAACUUGCUUAUGGGUGUUUGGGUACGAAACCAGUAGGGCGAUCUAUUACUUAUACUAUGUGGCAAAAUGGCGAGCAUAAUUCUGAAUGGGUGGCCCGCUCCGUUGCCGCUUAUUGGCAAAAGAGAGAAUUGUUAGGAGAAUGGAUGUUUUUUGGACCACGUGAUCCCCCUCAGAAUCUUCCUAUAUGUCCCUCAGUUGGUCAAGGCCUUACUGGGGACUCACCUUGGGGUAAAUGUGCCCAAUCCUCUUCAUUAAGGAUGACUCCUAAAGGCAUAAACUAUACCAUUACAGAUUAUUCCUGAAAGGCCUGGCAUUCAUUCUUUCAAGAAACACCUAUGGCUAUUUUGGAAGUACAAAGGGAAACAAGGAGACCUUUAGUGGCUCCUUUAAGAGAUAUGGGCCCACCUCCUAACGAGGUACAGGAACACCACAAGGUUAUCCCACAAACCAUUUUGCAAUCCCCUGAAGGAAGAAUUCAUUCUGAUCUUUGGAAGUUAUAUGCUGCCUUUGAUAAAAUAUAUACUAAUGACAGCUUUAGUUUUCCAGAAUAUUAUCUUUCUCCAGCUCUACAAUUGCGUGCCUGUGUUCCUCCUCCCUACUAUUUGAUUGUUGGAGAUGGGACCAUUACUCCAGUGAAAGAAGAUGGUCAUCAGUUAUACCGGCUGACGUGUCCUGCUUGUGUUUUGACCAAUUGUCUACCAGUAGAUGGGCCCUCUAGAAGUGAAAUGGAGGUUUAUUUGGUCUUACAACCUCCCUAUUGGAUGUUGCCAGUAAAUGUUACAGGACCUUGGUAUUCUAAUUAUGGGAUGCAAUUGGCCUUAGAAAUCAGUAAACGGCUGCGCAGGACCAGACGGUUUCUUGGACUCUUGAUUGCUGAACUUAUAGCAGCAGUGACUGUAAUUGCCUCUGCAACUGUAUCUGUAAUAUCCUUACAUGAAAGUGCCCAAACAGCAUCCCAUGUAAAUGAAUUGGCUCAUAAUGUAUCCAAGGUGUUUGCCACUCAAGAACGAAUAGACCGUAAAUUGGAAGCCCAAUUGGAGGCACUACAAGAAGCAUUGAUAUCUCUUGGUGAUCAGUUUGCUGUUUUGCAUACCAGACUUUCUUUAAUUUGUCAUGAUGCAUAUAAGCAUAUCUGUGUUACCCCUUUAGAAUAUACCAAUAUGACAUGGGGACACGUACGUCGUCAUUUGCAAGGGAUUUGGCAUGACGCUAACACUAGCUUAGACCUCUUACAGCUACAAGAAGAGAUAAAUGCUAUUGCAAGUAGUUCACUCAGUUUCCCUGACCCUGGAAGUCUCGCUGGAACCAUACUGCACCAACUUAAUGGGUUUAAUCCAUUUAAUAUUCUUCAGCAUUCCUUUUGGAUCUUUAUUGGAAUUGUUUCCGUAAUAUCUGUUAUACUUGUCUUGCUGUGUUGUUUCUGGAGAUGGGGUCUCACUGCCUUUACCACAUACCAAGCCAGGAUACACAUGUUGCAAUUACAAACAAUAGGGGGAAAUGUGGGAGGCCGGACCCCGGUGCCAGGCUAAGACCAGGUUGAGCAACGGCUCCCUGUUGACUCAGCCAACCUGGUCGUUCCCCUUCCCGUUCCACCACUUACAAAGGCAUACAAAAGCCUUGCCAAGGCUGAGAAAUCUAAUUCCUGAAGCCUGUGGUCUGUGGGUAUUGGCAGUAACGUUACCCCUUUCUACCCUGGGUCAAAUAGGAACAAACAUGGGAACUGUGCUUCGCUAGCAAUCUAUCAACAGGGUCUUGCGGUGACCCGUUUAGAAAGUUCACAAUGUACACGGAACUAAAUGUUUUGGUUGGCAGCAAUCAUGUGAAACCUGUUUAUUCUUAGAAUGGCCUGACCCAUAAGAGUCUUGAUAUAAAAGAUUGUGUACCGCAACAAUAAAGUCGUCACUUGGGCCAUCAGCCCAGGGGACCCUCCUGUUCCCAAACUGGCUUCUCUUUUCUUUCUUACAUUCCCCUACCCUUAGGACCCUGAUCUCGGUGUUUGUCGCGCCGGUCGCGACAAGACACACGUGUUUCAUGGCUAGUCCCACACGUGUCAGACUUCAGUAUUUCCUCCUUCCUCCCUAUGAGACCCUGUCUGCCUCCAGGGAUCAAGGAGAAGCAAGAGCCCUCCAAAUACUUGCAAAGGUCUCUUUGGAGAUGAUAACUAGAAACCUGCUGUUGUUUUCAGCAAUUAAUAAUUGGGGGAAAAAGUUUGUCACCCCCAAACCUGUACUCUCACUGUGAAUACAGGUGAAAAGAAAAUUGUAGUUCCAUAGGGAAGCGACAUCACAGAACCGCAAGCCCAUAUCUAGUGGUCUGGCAGCUUAACCUCUCUCUCACAUGAUACUAGCUGUGGUGACCAUCGUGUUAACCCCCCUGUCCUGGCAGCCAGAGAGACUCCAGUGAAUAUUUCUAUUUCAGUCUAAGGGGGCAGAGUCUGCAAGCAAAGAGGGUUAUCAGGAGUCUAGGUAAGUG